CAUCAAAUCCUUAUCGGCCGGUGCUCACAAAACCAACCAAACAACUAUGGCUACUGAGAAAUUAGGGAUCACAAUCGAGAAGAAUCCACCCGAGUCCAAACUCACCGAACUCGGUGUUCGUAAUUGGCCCAAGUGGAAACUUGUUCCUGUAGCCAAGUUCCCAUGGACUUUCACUAAAAAGGAGACAUGUUAUCUAGUUGCGGGGAAAGUGAAAGUGACUCCUGAUGGAUCUGAUGAAAGUGUAGAGAUCGAAGAAGGUGACUUAGUUGUUUUCCCUAAAGGAUACAGUUGCACUUGGGAUGUCUCUGUUCCUGUUGAUAAGCACUACUACCAUUCCGACGCAUCCUUAUCCAGUCAGGAGAACACAUCGUUGGUGUUUGGCGUGUUCUCCAAGUGUCAGUCGAGU